AUGUCUACAUCCGUGGAAGAGUACGAUAAAAUGUCGGAGGAAGAGAGGAAGGCCAAAGACAAAGCUGAUAGGGAGAGAGAAGUAGCUGAACAAGCUGCCUUACCUUACAAAUGGACACAAUUGCUUGGAGAAGUUGAUGUUCACGUUCCCGUACCUAAAGGUACAAGAGGAAGAGAUCUUGCGGUCGUGAUACAAAAGAAAAAGCUCAGCCUUGGUUUAAAGGGUGCAAAGGAUAAGAUACUUGAAGGCGAGCUUUGCAAAGAAAUCAAAGUGGAGGACAGUACCUGGACCCUUGAGGACGAUACGGUCCUUGUUCACAUCGAAAAGCUAAACCGAGAGCAAUGGUGGGAGAACGUUCUGACUCACCAUCCCAAAAUCGAUACGACAAAGAUCGAGCCCACCGAUAGCAAGCUUAGCGACUUGGAUGGGGAGACCAGGGGUAUGGUUGAGAAAAUGAUGUUCGACAAUCAGCAGAAGCAAAUGGGGAAGCCAACAUCUGACGAGCUCAAGAAAAUGGAGACUCUUAAAAAGUUUCAGGCCGCACAUCCCGAGCUCGAUUUUUCCAAUGCCAAAAUUUCAUGA